AUGGACGACGACCAGAACAGACAACAAGAAGACUGGCUCAACAGCCGCAGGAACAGGCUGCCCUCUUUCACAGAAGUCCUCUCUAGAAGGACGCGACCGCCCGUGGAUUUAUUCAUGUUCUAUAUCUUCCUCCAACGUGAAGGUGCAGAAGAUAUCCUGGACUUCUGGCUGGAUGUCCAGCAGCACGAGAACCUUUGUAGGGCAUAUUUUAAAGAUGUCCGAAAGUCAGGCCGGACAAUCAAAGAGGAUUGGCCUCAGUACUGGGAAUAUGCACGCCGUCGUGGGUCAAUAUACGGCACAGUCGUUGGGCUUCAGCCCAAUGCCGUAAAGCGAAGUACGACGAGCACAAGCGAGAUGAUCAACGACCAGGAAAAAAAUGCUAUGGGUCACCCUGCUGACGAGAAGCGUGGUGGUCAGCGUUCUACAACACCUGGUUAUGAAAAGGAGUACAUCCCAUCCCCUCCCACUGCUGUGAAUAGUCCAGAUCUUGAUCCACCACGGUCAACGACACCUUUCUCCCUCUCAGGGCGGACAUCAGCCCUUUUCAAUCUCAAACGUGCAUCACGUGCGCCAACGGUCAUCCCACGUUCUGCUGCAAUUAGUCGUAUGGACCUCAUCGCGUCCGCCGAGCGUAUCUUCUUCCGGUAUCUCUCUCCCGUUGGCACCGUAAAUUCGCCGGAAAAUCACGAAAUUUACCUCCCUCCCGCCCUCCGUAUACACACAUUUCCUCUCAGUAGCACUCAAGAGCCGAAAUCGCAGAGCGACCUGAAUAUGAUGGCACAUAUUCCUGAUAUGUUCCAUGCCCAAAAGGAGUACUGCUUUAGGGCAAUGGAGCAAGAUGCUUUUCCACGUUUUCUGAGGAGCAAAGCGUUUGGAAACCUCACUCCCGUGUCUGCAUUAGUCCGACUCGUUAUCGGUCUCAUUGUGCUGUGGAUCGGCCUUGCCGCCGGCUUCUCCCUGAUAUUUCUCGAUGUACAACCUAAAUCAAAGCGAUUUUUCCUCUUCAUUCCUUUCGCAUUCGCAAUUUUAUUCCUUAUCUCACAUCAAUACGAACUCGACCCGAUCCUCGUUUUCCUUGGACAGUCGGAGUCGACACCGUUCCGCACGCUCACUAUCCGCGAAUCGUACGUGAGGAAAUUAUUAUUGGGUCGUGCCAUCUGGGUUGCGACUCUUGUCUCCAUUUGCGUCGUAGCGCUCACACUCCUUUUCUGGGCUGUUCCUGGACAUCGGCUAUAG